AUGGGGACACAGGUAAGUAAUAACUUGUCAUAUCAAUGGAAGUCUUUACAAACUUUAGUAUAAAUUCAGGGACUAAUCUCUGACAACAGUUGCAUUUUUCUGAUGGUUUUCAUGGUUAUUUCCCACGGGAAAUGUUGGUGUUUUACCCAAUAAAUUACUGGGAGUUUAUAUGUAGUGUGCGACUCUAUUUAUUUAUUUUAAUAGCUUAUAGUUUAUUCACCAUUAGUCGCACCUCUACACUAAAUAAUGUUCUAUGGGUGUGUGCCAGCUCAUGCUUUUUAUUAGACUUGAGGUGAUUAAAAACUAAACCUGAUAGGUUUAACAGCUCAUACCCUUUGUUAUAAGCUGCAUGCUAAAUAACAAGGAUGCUUAUUGUGUGUGUGUGUGUGUGUGUGUGUGUGUGUGCGUGCGUGCGUGUGACAGACGUGGAGAACUACACCGUUCUAAUGGGGAAGGACACACCAGCUGGUGCGCUUUGAGAUCUACCCCAGAGAGGCAGCACCAUCACAAUGGACCACCGUUGCCAGGGACGACUGGAUUCUAAAGAGUAUCCCUCCACAGAGUCUUGAAUGGAAAACCUUUUAGUUGUACUGUACCUAGAAAUGUCAUGGGGGGAUUCUACUAUGGCGAUGUACUUGAGACUCAUGUUGAAUUUCAUGAUUAUUUAUAGCAACAUUUCAGGUGUUGUCUCAGAGAAAAGCUUUGCACAAAUUCCUUUCUAGUGUACUGUUUACUGUAUAUUGUAUAAUAUUAUUGUGGGACUAAUCUUCGGUCUGAUGCGUGGGUUCACCAUGAUUAAUACCACAACAAAGAAUACUUGUUGAUGCUUUUUUUUUUUUUUUUCAAUGACAUAAGAUGUUUCACUACAUUUAGCAGAGCGACUUACAGUAGUGAGUGCAUACAUUUGAAUACUUUUUUCGUACUUGUCCCCUGUAGGAAUCAAAUCCAGGUGUUGCAAGUGCCAUGAUCUACCAACUGAGCCACACGGGACCUAGCUUGAAUGCCUACUGCAUUUCAAAUGCUUUUCAAAAAUCUUACUGUAUUCACUCAAGUAAAUCCUACUUGAGUAAAAGUCUAAUAAAAGUAUUUGGUUUAAAUAUACUUAAGUAUCAAAAGUAAAUGUAAAUGCUAAAAUAUACUUAAGUAUAAAUCAUUUCAAAUUCUUUAUAUAAAGCAAACCAGACUGCACCAUUUUCUUGUUUUUUACAUUGACGGAUAGCCAGGGGCACGCUCCGACACUCACACAUAAUUUACAAACUAAGCAUUUGUGUUUAGUGAGUCCACCGGAUCAGAGGCAGUACGGAUGACCUGAGAUGUUCUCUUGAUAAGUGUGUGAAUUGGACCAUUUUCCUGUCCUGCUAAGCAUUCAAAAUGUAACGAGUACUUUUGGGUGUCAGGGAACAUUUAUGGAGUAAGAAGUACAUACCUUUCUUUAGGAAUGUAGUGAAGAAAAAGUAAAAGUUGUCAAAUAUAUAAAUAGUAAAGUAAAGUACAGAUACCCCAAAAAACUACUUAAGUAGUACUUUAACUUAAGUAAUUUACACCACUGGAUACACAUAAAUAAAUACAUGCAAAACCACAUAGAUAUGUCUAUGCAUUAUAUAUACAGAUAUACAGUACGUAUACCAAACAUUAUGAACACCUUCCUAAUAUAUUCCACAGGGCUGCUGGCCCAUGUUGACUCCAAUGGUUCCCACAGUUGUGUCAAGUUGGCUGGAUGUCCUUUGGGUGGUGGACCAUUCUGGAUACACACGGGAAACUGUUGAGCAUAAAAACCCAGCAGCAUUGCAGUUCUUGACACACUCAAACCGGUGCGCCUGGCACCUACUACCAUACCCUGUUCAAAGGCACUUAAAUAUUUUGUCUUGCCUAUUCACCCUCUGAAUGGCUCACAUACACAACCCAUGUCUCAAUUGUCUCAAGGCUUAAAAAUCCUUCUUUAACCAGUCUCCUCCCCUUCAUCUACACUGAUUGGAGUGGAUUUUACAAGUGACAUCAAUAAGGGAUCAUAGCUUUCACCUGGUUAGCCUGUCAUGCAAAGAGCAGGUGUUCUUAAUGUUUAGUAUACUCAGUGUAUGUUAUACAAAUGGGUACGUACAGAUAGAUACAGAAUAGUUUGCGGAAAUCAUAGAAAUUUAGAAACACCCGGAGACGAUAAGUAUUGGCCAAUACAGAUGAACUGUUUGAAUUACAUUAUUGAGUAGGUCCAAAUCACAGUUACAGUACUCAAGUUACCUCUUUCCUCCCCAGCCUUCAAAGGAGUGGACGUUCGCGACCUGGAGAUUGUGGAACUCCUGAGGAAGUUCCGUAUCCUCUGCUACCUGAAAAUGGUCUCCAAGUUCAGGCAGAUCCGCCUUAUCUUGUUGGCCAUCUCCAAAGCUUUCAAGGUAGGGAACUAACCAUAGGUAUAUAAUUAUUAUUCUGAAUGAUCAUUCUAUUUCUAUGGAACCAACCGUUUUUUCACACCCACUGUAUUGGUCCCACUGUAAUGGUGUCAGCGUUUAUUGUGAAGUUAGAGAGUGAGUGACACAAACUUUGGUUGUAGGAGCAAUCAUGAAUGACUUUGAGGUCUCUUGAUUUCCCAUAAAUAGGCCAUGUCACCAGGAAAAAAAACGUCUAGCCCUCCCCUAGUGGAUAGUGACUAUUCAAUUCAAUUCAAUUCUACUUAAAGGAAAAUUCCACCCCAAAACUAUUUUGAUAUUUGUUUCAUUAGUCCAUUGUUUUUUAUAGUCCCAAAAUGUUUUGCAUGUCAGCAAGUUUUCAAGAUAUAUAACUUAAAAAAAUACAGAAAUACAGCCGGCAUUGAAAACUUGAUUACUGACAUGCAAAACAUUUUGGGACUAUAAGACACAAUGGAUUCUAUUUCUGUAUUUUGUAUUUCUGUAUUUUGAAAGUUAUAUACACUGAACAAAAAUAUAAAGCAACGUCUAAAGUGUUAGUCCCAUGUUUCGUGAGCUGAAAUAAAAGAUCCCAGAAAUGUUCCAUACGCACAAAAAGUGUAUUUCUCGCAAAUUCUGGGCACACAUUUUUUUUACAUCCCUGUUAGUGAGCAUUUCUCCUUUGCCAAUAUAAUCCAUCCACCAGACAGGUGUGACAUAUCAAGAAGCUGAUUAAACAGCAUGAUCAUUACACAGGUGCACCUUGUGCUGGGGACAAUAAAAGGCCACUCUAAAAUGUGCAGUUUUGUUACACAACACAAUUCCACAGAUGUCUGAAGUUUUGAGGGAGCGUGCAAUUGGCAUGCUGACUGCAGGAAUGUUCACCAGAGCUGUUGCCAGAGAAUGUAAUGUUCAUUUCUCUACCAUAUGCCACAUCCAAUGUCGUUUUAGAAAAUGUGGCUGUACGUCCAACUGGCCUCACAACCGCAGACCACGUGUAUGGCGUCGUGUGGGUGAGUAGUUUGCUGAUGUCAACUAUGUGAACAGAGUGCCCCGUGGUAGCGGUGGGGUUAUGGUAUGGGCAGGCAUAAGCUAUGGACAAUGAACACAAUUGCAUUUUAUUGAUGGCAAUUUAAAUGCAAAGAGAUACUGUGACGAGAUCCUGAGGCCCAUUGUCGUGCCAUUCAUCUGCUGCCAUCACCUCAUGUUUCAGCAUGAUAAUGCACGGCCCCAUGUCGCAAGGAUCUAUACACAAUUUCUGGAAGCUGAAAAUGUCCCAGUUCUUCCAUGGCCUGCAUACUCACCAGACAUGUCACCCAUUGAGCAUGUUUGGGAUGCUCUGGAUCGACGUGUACGACAGCGUGUUCCAGUUCCUGCCAAUAUCCAGCAACUUUGCACAGCCAUUGAAGAGAAGGGGGACAACAUUCUAUUGGCCACAAUCAACAGAACAGCCUGAUCAACUCUAUGUGAAGGAGAUGUGCCACGCUGCAUGAGGCAAAUGGUGGUCACACCAGAUACUGACUGGUUUUCUGAUCCACAGCCUUUUUUUAAAGGUAUGUGACCAACAGAUGCAUAUCUGUAUUCCCAGUCAUGUGAAAUCCAUAGAUUAGGGCCUAAUUUAUUUAUUUAAAUUGAAUAUUUUCCUUAUUUGAACUGUAACUCAGUAAAAUCUUUGAAAUUGUUGCAAGUUGUGUUUAUAUUUUUGUUCAGUAUAUCUUGAAAACUUGAUCACUGACAUGCAAAACAUUUUGGGACAACAAUGGACUAAUGAAAAAUAGUUUUUGGGUGGAGUUUUUUUCUUAUUGAUGACAAAAUAUAUCUGUGUGUUUACAGGCCAUGACCUUCAUAUUGUUACUGCUGCUGGUGUUUGCUUAUAUCUUCGCUGUGGUCGGAGUCAUCUUGUUCCAGAGUUACACUCGCUCCAACGUCGAGGGCCUGGUCUACGAUAUUAACUGUAAAUGUGUGAUAUUUGCUCAUACUAUGAAAUAUAGAUUUAUUUGGAAGUAUUGAACAGUAGUAUUUCUCUCAUUCUCAUUUAUGAUAAAAUAAUAUGAUAGAAAUGUGUUUAAAACAGUUGAUAUUGAGCUUAUCGUGCAAAAUGACAUUUUCUAUCAUACAUUUUGAGAAGCCUUAAAGAGUAGAAUGCAAACUCUUCCCACUGGGCACAGACGUCAAUUCAACAUUUAAUACACGUUGGUUAAAAAUAAUUCCAUUGAAUUGAUGUUGAUUCAACCAGUGUGUGCCCAGUGGGUUGAUAUUACAUUACAGAUAAAGUUGGAGUCCCACCAGUCAGAAUCUAUUUCUGUUAGGGAACAAAACCUAGUUUUGACAAAUUCAUGUUACACCUUCAAAAGGUUUUUGACACAUUUUCACAAACUUUCAUAUUGUCUCCCAGAGAUAUCUACAACUCCUUCAUCCCUCUCGUCAUCCUCUUCAUCAUGGAUCACUAGUCUGCUCUGCUCGCCGACACCCGCAAUCUUCCAGAACUGAACCAAGCCACCUGUGGCCUGUACAUCAUCCCCUGGCUCCAAACAUAA